UCUGCUGCCAUGAUUUGGCGUUUGUCUUGUCAAUAAUUGUCAUUUAAGUUCCAACACGAAGUAAUUUUCUAAAAAAUGUGUAACCAGAAAAGUAUUCCGCAUAAAUUUAUAUUCUUAUUGUUACUUAUAACUCCUAUUCUAGCAGAAUGGAAUACGAGAGAUUAUAUCAGACGGGAGCAUUCCCUCACAAAACCCUAUCAAGGGAGUGGGAUGUCGGUGCCUUAUUGGGACUUCUUAGGUAGCACAAUAGUUACCACAAAUUAUGUCCGUUUAACUCCGGACUUGCAGUCAAAGGCCGGUGCAAUUUGGAAUACAGCGCCUUGUCACACUAGAAACUGGGAGCUUCAAGUGCAAUUCAAGGUGCAUGGUCGAGGGAAGGACUUGUUCGGUGACGGGUUCGCGAUCUGGUAUGUCCGUGAUCGUAUGCAGUCGGGCCCCGUGUUCGGUAGCAAGGACUACUACCAGGGACUUGCGAUUAUAUUUGAUACAUACAGUAAUCAUAAUGGUGCACAUAAUCACCAACAUCCAUACAUAUCGGCGAUGAUCAACAAUGGUACGCUGCACUACGACCACGAUCGCGACGGUACGCACACACAGAUCGCCGGCUGCGAGGCCAAGUUCCGCAACUACAACCACGACACGCAUAUCUCCAUCAUGUACAAGGACGACACGCUUAUAGUGUCGACGGACUUGGAAGGCAAGAACGCUUGGAAAGAAUGCUUGCGGGUGGAAAAAGUGCUACUACCCACUGGAUACUAUUACGGAGCGUCAGCUACUACUGGCGAUCUCAGCGACAACCACGACAUCAUAGCCAUCAAGAUGUACGAAUUAGAUCUGCUUGAGACGCAAAACAAAGAUGAAGACCGUUCGCACAUUAUACCGUCGGCGGCAUCCUUCGAAGCUCCCAGAGAGAGGAUCGAAGAUGAGAAGCCAUCCAUGUCCGGAAUCAAAACCUUCCUCUGGAUGAUGUGCAUAGCAAUAAUAGUGAUAGUGUUGGUCGUGAUGGGCAUCAUGUGGUACCAGAAACGGCAGGAGAACUCCAGAAAGAGGCUGUAUUAGGUUAAUAUACUUUCCCCCAUAGGAACUCCCUUUUGGUAUCCCCAAUUCCCUACUGAUAUUAUGAAUGAGGAUGUGCGUUAUCAUAUGAGGAUAUGGUUUGUCCAGUUUUUUGCGUUGAUAGUUUGAAAGAAAGAAAGAAAAAUCAUCUUUAUUGCCGCACAUUUGUGUAGAAUUCAAAGAUUUGUGCAUCAGUAUUAGAAGGCUGGCUCAGUAAAACUGCGCGCUAAAAGGUGUUAAGGUUAUUUAAUGGAUCUUAAUGUCCUAAAAAUAAGGGUUAUAAUUCAAACAAAAUAUCAACAAUAUUAAAGUUAUACUGGUUUAAGCAAUUGUAGUGGCUUGAUUUUCAGCCUUUUUGUUACAAGGCUAUUAUGUCACUCUGGCCCAAGAUUGAAACGAUGAAAUAUAAUCCAAUCGAACUUAAACUUAAAAUCAAAUUUAUUUUCAUUUAUAAGAAGGCACUAACGAAUCACUCUUUUUGAUGGUACAACUUGAAUAUCUGAUAAAAGGUCAGUGUCACUGUAACAGAUGUUAGACCAUCAAAUUUUUAACUAACCUAACCUAAACGUCCACUUUGGAAAGUUUCUUUUUUUCCAGAACAUCUGUAUUUCAUGUGACUUCUAUGUUGCCAAAAGGGAUUUUAUAUCUGAGAAUCACAAUAGCAUAGACACCGUAUAGCAAUCAUACAGUUGACAAUAGCCAUUUAAACACUUUUAAGUAGUGCCUUAGCCCGAUAUUAUUGGUAAUUUAUCGCAUUUUUUUUUUUUUUCAUUGCCGUGAGAAUAUAUUUGUUUCACUUUACCAUUGUCUUGCCAAAAGGGGCAUCAAAAGAAUAUACACACAGUACACAUUUUCAAUAUGUAGUAACUCAAUCUGUGCCUGGUAUUAUCUACAAUGCACCAUUAAGCUUUGCACAACAAUAAAAUCAAUGACAAAACGUAAAUUUUUUCGUUGCACAUACGAAUAAAAACACAACUUUUCCUAUGUGCAAACAAUGUUGAUUUGUUAAUAAUAGUACAGAUAACAUAUUAUUCUUUAAUUUGGAGUACCGUGCUGCCAGUGGGAAUUAUUAAAGUAAUGUGGGGAGUUUAAUGUUGCCCUAUAUUAAAAAUGCCAAAUGUAAGGCAAAAUAUAAAAUGACAAGUCAACAUUAAUUAUACACUUAUUAACUAUUUUAGUAACGAUUAUUUAAAACACUUUUGUAAAAAACAGUUAGUUUAUUAGAUUUCAUAACACUAAUUGAAAGUAUAACAAAAUGGCGAAGUCCUGAAUUAUUUUAGAAAAUAAAUUGGAUGAUGCGUGCUGGUCAUAUAUUUUGAUAUAUUAUGUUUGUUUAUUUAGACCUAUGAAUAAUUUGAAGACUGUGUUUUCUUUUAAUAUUAAGAGGUGCAUAUUCUUUUUUAGGUUGAGAAGAUGAUCUCGCUAAUUCAAACCAUUAUUAGUAAUUAAAAUGUCCAUGCCAAUAGAAACGCAUUUCCAGGACACCAAAGGUACAGACGCAUUUCAAGACAACCCCUAUUGUUGCCUGGAAAUGCGUAUGAGACCAUAUUAUGAGAUGCCAAAAGCAUUAGUGGUCUCAGCAUCUCAUAAACCUUUCAGAAAUACUGAUAGAUCUCAAUAAUUUUAUAGUUUGUUUCUAUACUAAUUGAGAUAUGUAUUUCUUACACCAGAUGGUUGAUUAAUUUUUACACGUUUCCUUAGCUCCUUUCGUGUCUUAUUCAGUAGAGAAGCAUCUUUGACAGCCAUUAUAAUUUAUAUCUUUUAAAAAUAUUGCUCUAUUAAAAAAAAGAUAUAUUUAAGGGGAAAAAUUAGAUCUAGAUUUAGAACAUCACAAUAUUAAGCGUUGUAACUUUUAUUUUCAAAUAAUUGUUUAUGAUUAUACCGAAGACCUGUUUCGUUGUCUAACCACUAAGUAUAUUAUAUCUUAAGAGUUUGUAUUUUUGAACGCGGUAAUCACUCACGUUUUGAUAAAAUAAUUGUAUUAAUUAUACUGUUUAUUGAAAACAGGUUAUACGCUAAACCAAAGAGGCAUAACACCAAAUUGAAUGUGAGUGAGACCGCGGGACACAGUAAUAUAUAAUAACUAAAUUAAAAUAUUUGCAAACUCAAGAUAAACAUUACAGGUAUUAUUUAUGUAUUUUUGCUCUCGAAAUUAUUUACUACUUUUCAGACAUUUAUUAUUUUCACCUUAUUCCAUAAUAUUUUCUCAACUAUGAUUUGUAUCCUUUUUUUGUAUUUUUAGGUAGUAGUUUUUGUUGAAGUGAAACAUAUCAAGGCGGAAGCAAAAGUUUAAAAGGAAAUUUUGAUUUUAUUGAAAAUGGGUAGUAAGUGCACUUAAGACUAUCUGCCCUUUUUAUCUAAUUCAGAGUCAGAGAACAAAAUCAGCUUUAAAACAACGUUUAACUUUGGAAUCUAUUUCAUCAAUAGUACAUGUGCUACUAUCCUAGAAUGACAGUGGCAAUGAUUUCUUAUUGGCAAACACUAUUCGAUUAGAGCGGGAGUACCAUAUCUCUACUUGCAAUGCAUUCAUCACAUGUUUCACCAUCGAGCCUACGGUUCAUAUUGUCAAAAUUUUGUGAGCGCAUCCCUCCGCUACAACGGCGGAAUCACUAUAUAUAAGAGGCGUAUGUAUUUUUCCACGAGCAAAGUACCUAAAGAAGUUUCACUUCCUUCGUGUGUACAAACCUGUAGACUUUUUUAUUAUAACAAUUUUUAUUUAAUGAGUAGAAGUAGAAAAGUUAAAUAUAAAACAGAUAUGAUACAUAGUAUAAUAAUUACAAUAUUUAUAUGACAACCCUGACAUACAGUUUAAUAAUAUACCUAUUAAAAGUUUAAGAUAUUUAAUAAAGACACCACUUUUGAAGCAAUAAACUUUGUGAGUUCAAAAUAUUUUUAUUAUUUGUACUAGAUCCUUGGGUUGUAGAAUGGGUGCACACUUUCGGUGAUUGAAGAAUGAAGUGCGUGCCUUCCAAUCUCUUCUAGAUGGUUUUAUAUAAGAACAAUGUAAAGUAAUUAUUUUUAUUGUGUAUGCGUGUUGUAUGUUAUGACCUAUGAGUGUUUUAAAUAAAGUGAUUUAUAAUAUUUUA